AAUCCAAUCAAAAUAAUAAAUUAUCCUUCUCUUCGUGCCGAAAACCCGUUCGAAAAACCCUCUCAAAACACCACGAUGACGUCCAAAGUGCUGUUGAAUAAAUUCUCCAGCUCGAUGCGACACGUGUAUGUCGUAAAUCUCGUUCCAUCGCUUUCCUUCUGUUCGACGAACAAACCGCCGACCGACAAUAAGCCGGUUAGUCCGCGCAUGGAAGAGUUCCAGAAGAAGCUGCGUGAAAAGACACCCAUCGGGAAGCUGGACGAGAUCGUCGGCAAACAUCCGUACCAGGAGAAGGAACCGCUCCAAGCCUGGCCAAAUAACACCAACCCCAACACCGGUGAAAUUGGAGGUCCGCGCGGUCCCGAACCGACACGGUACGGUGAUUGGGAACGAAAGGGACGAGUGAGCGAUUUCUAGG